AUGCUGGAAAAAUGUAAUGAGGCAGUAAAAGGAGCGCAUAAAUACAUCAAGGACUCGAAAGCUCAAGAUUUCCUAAGACAAAACAAGCUGUGUCCACCACCCAAAGGACACUGGACGAUGACGUUCUCAAAGGUAUUCUCCUCCGAAGAUCUUCCCAAGUCCUUCUUCGGUCCCCUUCAAUCAAACGAAUACUGGCUGACAUUCUCGUUCACAGACGGGCGGGACAAGAAGUUGGGUUGUGCGCGGUGA